AUGGAGAUGAAGACGAAGAUUAACCAGGAGUUAAGGAACCGAGCCCCGGAGGAGCUGACACAGUUAAUCCUUGAUAAUUGCCAUUGUGUCAAUGGGGAAAUUGAGGGCCUGAAUGAUACUUUUAAAAAACUAGAGUUUCUGAGUAUGAUUAAUGUGGAACUAAGUUCACUGGCCCGGCUUCCCAACUUAAAUAAACUUCGAAAGUUGGAACUUAGUAACAAUAAAAUUUCUGGAGGGUUGGAAGUCCUGGCAGAGAAAUGUCCUAAUCUUACCCACCUCAAUCUGAGUGGAAACAAAAUAAAAGAUCUCAGUGCACUAGAAGCUCUGCAAAAUCUUAAAAAUUUGAAAAGUCUUGACUUGUUUAACUGUGAGAUCACAAACCUAGAAGAUUACAGAGAGAGUAUUUUUGAACUGCUGCAGCAAAUCACCUACUUAGAUGGAUUUGAUCAGGAGGAUAACGAAGCACCAGACUCGGGAGCAGAGGAUGAUGAAGAUGGAGAUGAAGAUGACGAAGAGGAAGAUGAAGCAGGUCCACCUGAAGGAUAUGAGGAAGAGGAAGAAGAGGAGGAGGAGGACGAUGAAGCAGGCUCAGAACUGGGAGAGGGAGAAGAGGAAGUGGGCCUCUCAUACUUAAUGAGAGAAGAAAUUCAGGAUGAAGAAGAUGAUGAUGACUAUGUUGAAGGGGAAGAAGAAGAAGAAGAAGAUGAAGAAGAAGAAGAGGAAGAAGGUCUUCGAGGGGAAAAGCGAAAACGAGAUGCUGAAGAUGAUGGAGAGGAAGAAGAUGACUAG